AACCUUUUGAUCACUAGUCCAGUACCUUAACCACUGAGCUAUCACUGCCCUGAGCACUGAGCAUACUUUCGGCCAUGUAGGAUGUUAGAAAUGUUAGUGGGAGAGGUGCUGGACUAGUGAUCAGAAGGUCGUCGGUUCAAGCCCGACUACUGCCAAGUUGGCCCCUGAGCGAGGCCCUUAAUCCUAAAUCAUGUGAAUUGUACUCGGUCACAGUUGCAGUCAAUGUAAAGGUGUUCUUCUGCAGGUUGCUUGCAGUUCUAUAUUUCUACCACAGAGGGCGGCAAAAUCGCCAAACUUUUCACACUGCAGCUUUAACCGGUAAAUAAAUAAAUAUAUACAUUUAAAUUUUAGGAAAUGUUCUAUAUGAACUAAAAUAUAUAUUUUACCACCCAGCAUUGAAAUAGACUUUCUAAAAUUUAAAUAAAUAAAUAAAUGAAUAAUAAAAUGUAUCUGCAGCAUUUCAUCAUCACUUCAUUCUGACAUGUUCAGAUCAGCCGACGUUUUGAGUUGAAUUAUUUCUUAUUUUUAUUCAUUUUUCUCUUUGUACUUAACGUUUCUUUCAUGUUCGGAGCGGGUGUUUGUGUUUUUGACUGCAUUAUUUAUCAUUUAUGUGUAUAAAUUUGAUAUAUCGUCUCAGCCCUGAGCUGUUUUUGUUAAUCUUGUUGUUCAUGAACUGACUGAAGUUACAUUAUUAUUUUUUUGGAUCUAUUUUAUUGAUAAUUUCCCCAUCUGAUAUUGGAGGCUCGUCCUCUCGAACCUGCCGUCUUGUUGUUUUUCUCUUCAGGUGAGACGUGUUUGUACCUGAUCUAUGUUCAGAGCGGCUGUGACAGUGUUGCGGUGUUUUUGGUGUAAAGUAUCAGACCACUGCCAUCAGAACUCCCACCGUGUAGACGUGAUGAAAAACAGAUUCUACUUUCCUACCAGAACAGACUUUUUAUUUUAUACGACGCGAAAUCAUGAGAAUUAAAACAAAUCGUUUAUCAUUCAUAUCAUAGCAAAUAUAUUUUGUCCUCGACUGGCUGUCUGGCACAGCAAAGCAUUCUGGGAGAGAAUAACUGUGUGUACUUGUAGACUGAAUAUAAAAAUGCUUUUCUUUUUUUUAAAGAAUAAAGAAUUGUGUUCUGAAGAGAAUCAAUAUGAGACAUAUUUAGUUUGAUAUUGAGGUGCAUUGAUUAUUUUUGGUUCAUGUGAGAGACUGAAGAUUAUAAAUAAAUCUAGUUUGAAUGUU